UGGUUGUCCUUCACUUCCGUUUUAGCCACGUUUCAUUUUAUUAUUAACAACCGUCGAAGAAGAGAAGUAACGAAAAGGAUUGCUAGCAAAACUGGGAAAAGCAAGGCGUGAUGGAGCCGACAAGGACAGACGAAAUCGUGGGGCUAUGGAGCUACCUCCGCUCUAUUGACUGGUCCGAGCGUUGGCUGUGGUGUUUGGGAGGGUUCCACGUGGUGUGUGCCCUGAUGACCUACCUGACCCGACAAGGGGGCCCUGUUCAAGCUGCAUACUUUGUGGUUCUGUUGAUGUUGGUAUACUUUGCUGAAAAUCUGAAUACAAUUGCUGCUGAGAAGUGGAAACAGUUUUCAAAACAGCAAUACUUUGACAGUGGUGGACUCUUCAUAUCUGUAGUGUACUCUGUCCCUCUGCUGAUCAACUGUCUCGUUAUUGUGAUAAUGUGGCUGCUGAUGACAGGGACCAUGAUGGUGAAGAUGAAGAAGAUGAAACUGAAACAACAGGCCAGGAACAAACAGAAAGCAGAGGCAAAGAAGGAAGAGGAGAAGACUAUAGAAGAGAAGAAAGAUGACUAAGUGGAACCUGUGACCAGAGUCAUUUACGUGACAUCUGGGUGUUUCUUAUUGGUGAUAUGCAUGUCUCCUUCUGACCCUGCUUCAUCAUCCAAUGGCAUGAGACAGAGCAACAAGAUUGGGGUCAUGACUCACGGACACGAAGGUGGUCUGUGGAGGAUUUAUAUGACAUCCAGACAUCUUCUGUGGACCUUGUAACCCUGACCUUGUGACUUAGUAACAAGGCUACAUUACCCAAUUGAUCCUUUGACAUGGGAAGAGAUGCUGUGAUGUGAGAGGGUGACUGCCUUUUUCUCACCUACACAUGCGAGUUACCUGCUCAUAUCUUCAGUGGUGACAUGUACAAUGACAUAUACAGAACCUUCUCAGAUUAAAGGAACAAUACUUGUUGAUCACUACACAGGUGGCACAGAUCCAUUGUGUAAUGUGUAUUUUGUACUCUGUGAUGCAACACUGGACACUUGUUGUGAGGAGCAUGAUGGAGGGAUAAUAUCCACAUGCAGGGAGUUCAUUGAGGGAAUUAUUGUAUGUUUUUCAAAGACAUUUCCUAUUUAAUGCCUGGUUGACUUAUUGCAUUGUGUUUGAUACUGAGUGCAGCUUACUGCAAUGAUACUGAAUUAUGGAAAUGUGUGUGGGUGUAUGAGUUACUCUUAUGAAUAUGUGAGAGGGAAUGCAGACAUUGCACAGAUGUUGGGCGAGUGUGAGUGUAUAUGCGAUAUGUGGGUUGUACAGUGUUGGAGCUACUUAUCAGAGUGGUGAUUGUGUCCUUCCUGCAAGGGACCACCCUGAUAUCAGGCACCUGUAUAUUGUGUUGGGUAUCACAGUUGUUUACAUCAAUAAAUUAUACAAGUUA